AUGGUUACGUUCUCUGACUACCAGUCUGUUCUCUCUGACUACCAGUCUGUCCUCUCUGACUACCAGUCUGUUCUCUCUGACUACCAGUCUGUCCUCUCUGACUACCAGUCUGUCCUCUCUGACUACCAGUCUGUUCUCUCUGACUACCAGUCUGUUCUCUCUGACUACCAGUCUGUUCUCUCUGACUACCAGUCUGUUCUCUCUGACUACCAGUCUGUCCUCUCUGACUACCAGUCUGUCCUCUCUGACUACCAGUCUGUUCUCUCUGACUACCAGUCUGUUCUCUCUGACUACCAGUCUGUUCUCUCUGACUACCAGUCUGUCCUCUCUGACUACCAGUCUGUCCUCUCUGACUACCAGUCUGUUCUCUCUGACUACCAGUCUGUUCUCUCUGACUACCAGUAUGUCCUCUCUGACUACCAGUCUGUUUUCUCUGACUACCAGUCUGUCCUCUCUGACUACCAGUCUGUCCUCUCUGACUACCAGUCUGUUCUCUCUGACUACCAGUCUGUUCUCUCUGACUACCAGUCUGUUCUCUCUGACUACCAGUCUGUUCUCUCUGACUACCAGUCUGUUCUCUCUGACUACCAGUCUGUCCUCUCUGACUACCAGUCUGUCCUCUCUGACUACCAGUCUGUUCUCUCUGACUACCAGUCUGUUCUCUCUGACUACCAGUCUGUCCUCUCUGACUACCAGUCUGUUCUCUCUGACUACCAGUCUGUUCUCUCUGACUACCAGUCUGUCCUCUCUGACUACCAGUCUGUCCUCUCUGACUACCAGUCUGUCCUCUCUGACUACCAGUCUGUUCUCUCUGACUACCAGUCUGUCCUCUCUGACUACCAGUCUGUCCUCUCUGACUACCAGUCUGUCCUCUCUGACUACCAGUCUGUCCUCUCUGACUACCAGUCUGUUCUCUCUGACUACCAGUCUGUUCUCUCUGAUUACCAGUCUGUCCUCUCUGACUACCAGUCUGUCCUCUCUGACUACCAGUCUGUUCUCUCUGUCUACCAGUCUGUUCUCUCUGACUACCAGUCUGUCCUCUCUGACUACCAGUCUGUUCUCUCUGACUACCAGUCUGUUCUCUCUGACUACCAGUCUGUUCUCUCUGACUACCAGUCUGUUCUCUCUGACUACCAGUCUGUUCUCUCUGACUACCAGUCUGUUCUCUCUGACUACCAGUCUGUUCUCUCUGACUACCAGUCUGUUCUCUCUGUCUACCAGUCUGUCCUCUCUGACUACCAGUCUGUUCUCUCUGACUACCAGUCUGUUCUCUUUGACUACCAGUCUGUCCUCUCUGACUACCAGUCUGUUCUCUCUGACUACCAGUCUGUUCUCUCUGACUACCAGUCUGUUUUCUCUGACUACCAGUCUGUUCUCUCUGACUACCAGUCUGUUCUCUCUGACUACCAGUCUGUUCUCUCUGACUACCAGUCUGUUCUCUCUGACUACCAGUCUGUUCUCUCUGACUACCAGUCUGUUCUCUCUGUCUACCAGUCUGUCCUCUCUGACUACCAGUCUGUUCUCUCUGACUACCAGUCUGUUCUCUCUGACUACCAGUCUGUCCUCUCUGACUACCAGUCUGUUCUCUCUGACUACCAGUCUGUUCUCUCUGACUACCAGUCUGUUUUCUCUGACUACCAGUCUGUUCUCUCACCCGACAGUAAAAGUAGAAAUAGCUGA